GCUAGAGCGGGAAGAGCAGACGUCUCUGCAGUGUAGACAUUACACGUGCAUGAACGAUGGCAACCAGUGCAGCGGUCGUAUACCAGUGUUCAAAGUGUCGCACAAUUAUUGGUGACAAGUCUUCUUGGCUUGGAGUGGACGUGGGUCUUUGGACAAUGUUACUGAACCCAACGACAAUUGUCAAACAAAAAGUGAGCAUAGGUAAAAAACUAGUUACUUCAACAGAAGGCCUAGAUGUUGGAAGCACAUUUGUCUGGCUGAAAUGUUCACAUUGCAGUCGAAUUCUUGGUAAGAAGUAUCAUUCAACAUCCAGAAGGUUGGAUAGGCAUCGUGGAACAUUAACUUUGUCUUUGGACAGACUUGAGAGUUAUGAACUGGGCAGUAGCCAGGCUAUUGCUGAAAGUCGCUGGGAUGACCCGCCAUUAUCCUCCUACAACCAGCUAAUGGAACAGAUCCUUAAGAUGAAGGUUCUUCUUGUUACCCUCAAUCAGAGAGUCUGCUACUUGGAAUCACUGCUCCCUCCUGACCCUGCUCAGCCCUCCCAACUGCCAAGUAAUGCUGCAGCAGUGGCUCCAUCUGGUGGGACAAACAGCUCUACAGCAGUGGCUCCAUCUGAUGGGACAUAAACAGCUCAACAACGGAAAAACAAGAGAAUAAAGUAGAUUGAUGUACAGGAUUGUCUGCAAACGCAUGGUUUUGUUAAUAGAAAAGUGAAGAAGACUUCACAGAUGUUAAAUCAGACUUGUUUUUACAAAAUUAGCAUGUAUUUUGUUUUGAGUGUCUGGUGAAGACUGGCUCUUAUCUGUAAUUAGUGCCAUAAAUCUUGAACUUUGUUGACAGAAAUGUGAAGAAAGUCUUUACAAUUGUUAAACAGUUCUUUUGUAAUGAUUUGAGUGGAGCAGAUACUGGCUCUCAAUUUAAUUUAAAUUUAAUUAAUCUUUAGUCUUUAUAAAUGAUAAAUGUCUUCAUAAAUGAUGUUAAAACGGGCAUGUUUUUACAAGUAUUAAUUGUUAAAGUUUUGCAUGAGACUAGUGAAUGCUGACUUUCACUCAGUGAUUACCAUUUUAAAAUACUAAUCAGAGUUCUUAGUUAAUGUUAAAGCAGACUUCUAUGUUUUUACAAAUACUUGGGUAACAGUUGAUCACUGGCCUAGUCUGUAGUAAACAGUAAUUAUAUAUACAAUAAA